GUCUGGGUCUUGGGCUUGUUUAGCACCGCGUACACAACCACAAACUUCGAACUGACUCAUGCCAGCGAGUUGCCCACGUCUCUCACUGCGGGGGCAGACUAGAUCGGACGAAACCUCUUUUUUUUUAGACUACUCAGCGAAAUGCCGUCUUUCCCCCGCAACCAGUUUGCUGACCUGGAAGAGAUGAUGUGCAAGCAGUUACUGAAUCUUGACUUAAGGGAGCAGACCCGAUCACCACCAUCCCUCAGUGACGCCAUGAGAACACCAGGUUGCAUUGGUCAGCCACGUAGCAACACGUCGUUUUCCCUAUCGUCUCUCUCCUGCCUCCCCACUGAUCCUUCAGACAAUGUAUUUCUGACCGCCAACCAAUGGGGGCAGCAGCAACCAGAAAGCCCUCUGCCCACCCAGCUCAUUAAUUCCUCAGAGUGGGGAAAGUCAGGCUUCCUCGCCCAGCGCUCCCUCAGCAUGGUGGAGACCAGCAGCACCACAGCAGCAAGUCUUGGCUGGCUGGGGACUGACAUGACACACUCCCAAAGUGACAUCAGCCCCACUGCACUGAGCACUAGCUCCUCAUCCGUUUCCUCUUCCUCAUCUCGCUACAAGACUGAACUGUGUCGAUCUUUCACUGAGAGCGGCCUGUGCAAGUAUGGUGGCAAGUGCCAGUUUGCCCACGGGCUGGAUGAGCUGCGGGAUCUUAACAGACAUCCAAAAUACAAAACUGAGCCGUGCCGUACGUUUCACACCAUCGGCUUCUGCCCCUACGGGAUCCGCUGCCACUUUGUCCACAACAACGAGGAGGAGGAAAUUAAACAAGCCCUCUCCCGUUGCUCCUCGUCCUCUUCCUUAUGCAUUCCCCAACAGCCACCUUCCUCUUUCCGCUCGCACAGACCUCCUCUUGUUAGACAGAGCUUCAGCUUUGCUGGGUUUCCCUCUGCUCCCCAGCAAGCCCUUCAGCCUGCCCUUCCUGCUCACCCUCCUGUCACUGCUUCUUUCACUCGCGCUCCAUCGGCCUCUCCUCCUUCCUGCGCUGACAUUACUGACCUUCUUUCUCAUGCCUUCCUGGAGAUGGACUCUGCCUUUGAGGCCUCCCCUGUCCACCAGUACCAGGCCCCCAUAGGCCAGGCCACCGCAACAGACCCCCAGUCUCCAUUCCUGCCUUCCCCAGACUCCGGCUGUUCUCCAAGUGGGCUGUCUCCGACUGCUUCACCUUCCCAGAGGCAGAGUCCAAAUGCUACCGGGGUCUUUCUAGGGCCACUGGGUGCACGGUCCCUGUCCUCCACCUCUCUGUCAGACCAGGACCAGGAUGGAAGUAGCUCUGCUAGCUCGCUCAGUGGCUCUGAAUCCUGCGGAGGCAUUACUGAUGUCAACGGCAGACGUCUGGCUGUAUUCAGUCAGCUCUCUGUUCCUGAGGAUGCUACUGGGUUCUGCUUUUAGGCUACAGUGUGCCGUGAACACAAACAUACAUUUAUAUUUUUAUAUAUUUACACAUUCAGACACAAACAUGCAGACACUGCGAUAUUCAACAUAAUAUAUACUGUACACGCGUAUAUCCACAUUCAAGAAUACACAAUGCUCUCACUAGAACCCUAUAAAUGCAGACAUACACACUGUCUCGCUCUCUUUCUCUCUCACAGCCACUGCACUGACACUGCAGACGUUCUUUGCUUCUGUGUGGUAUCAACGGAAAAGAAAGACUUGUUGACUAAAUCAGAAAGCACAGAGAGAUUUGCUUAUUUGAUUUAUGUAGUUUAAAUUUCACUGUCUCAUGCGUAAGGGAAGCAAAGUUAAGAACCUGAAAUGUGUGUUGCCACCAAAUCAGUAUAAAUCAAGACAGAAGUUAAAUAGUGCUGGAGGCGAUUGAUGCUUAACCAAAAUCCUAUGGUAAGAUGGCAAAUGGCGACAAAGAUAUUGUAAUCGCAGUGUGAUUAGCCACGUUGCCGUCCAACCACACCAUUUAUGACCUUUUUACCAACUUCAGAGUAAUCAAAAAAAGUGACAGCCAAAGACAUCUUUGUAGCUCAAACCUUUUGAUUAUGGUAGCACAAACACACUAUGUUAAGUGGACACAGUAUUGUUGAAACAGUUUUUUCCUCAUAUAUACAGUCUACGGUUAUGUUUAGAUCACUGGCCUUGAACCCGAAUGUUAUGUUUUUAAACAAUUGAAGUGCCUGUUGCGUUAUUUACCAGGUCAUGUGUUGAAACAAUAUUUUCUGGUUUGUUAGAGAUGUGUGGAUGGGGUGCAGAUCUCUUUAUUUAGUCAAAUAAGCUAGAGUUCAAGUCUCAUUGUUGUUAAGAUGACUACAAGUGUUCUUUUGUUUCUCGUACAUUAUUGAUAAACUGCCACCAGUAAAAUGUCAAAUGACCUAAUAUGACCUGCCUUACAGGGGGAGGAAGGGGAUUCAGUUUGAGCUUAAGUGGGCUUGAUCAUACUUUCUCAAAUCCCAUGUUCAUGACAUGUCAUUGACUGCAUGACUUGCCAACUGGAAAAGCACGGGCAUGAGUAUUUGUUUGGCUUUAAUAUGUGAAAUGGGCCAGCCCAAAUGGCAGGCAUUGCGGAAAAUCCAUCAAUAUUGUGAGUCAAAA